CUUUAUCAGCGGCUACGUUUAAGACGACUUAGCUUUUGAGCCAAAAGAAGUCGGCUGCAACACAGCUUGCAAAAUAUUACCGAUGGUUAGCUGCUGUCUAUUUGAGCCGUCUCGGCUUGUAUCUCUAAUGGCGAAUCAUCCGAUGAUCCCCAAACUUGUUUUCAUAUUUUGGAAAUUACCCCAAAAUCAGAAAUAGUAAAGUAUUCGAAAAUGUCAUUUGUAGAAACAACAAAUAACGCUUUGGCGGCAGAUAUGUUCAGUUGUAUGCUAGAGAAAUCGCGUUAUAAUGGCGGCGAAAAGAGUAACACCGAAAAGUCCUAUGACAUCUAUAAAAAAUGUAUAGAAUUUUCAAAGUUUACCAGCACACCAAUUGCUAUACAGCAAUUAAAUGAAUUAAUUCAAUUGGGUUUGCAACCAGUUUAUAUCAAUUAUCUACGUGAUGGAAUCAAAACAUAUGAAAUUAAACAUAUUAAGGAAAGUAUUAACUAUAUUGCAGAAAAAAUGGAGAUAAACAUUGAAAAAAGUUUGGAGUUUAAAAAUUAUAAAAAGUUAAUUUUAAAAAAACUUGAGGAAAAAGAGGAAAGUGUUAAAGUGAAGCAUGUUGGUUAUGUUCAAGGAAUGAGAGAUCAAGACGCCAAAGAAAUAAAUAAUGAUGAACAGAAUCUAUUUAAAGUUAUAGCAUUUAGUAAAAAUUCUGGCCAUAGUUUGAAAUUUUUAAGGAUUACCUAUAAUAUAUUCUUUAAAUAUUUAUGUUUAUUAUGUAUUUUUAAGUUUUUGUAAAAUUUUGAUUCUAAUAAAUAGUUUCGAAUAAUUAAUAAUUUUUAAUCGGUCGCUAUUAGGCAAACUGGCGAACGCGUCAUCAAUAUGUACUGGUACACGAUCAUCGGACGGGCC